AUGAAAGCUGUCAGCUGGAACUGCAGGGGUCUCGGGAGCCCUCGUGUAGUUCGAGGCCUUGCGAGGCUUCUAAAAACUGAGAAUCCUCAACUUGUCUUUCUGAUGGAGACUAGGCUAAAGAAAGAUGAGAUGUUGAAACUAAAAUUGAAGUUUAACUUUGCUUUUGAUUUAGUAGUGGAAUGUCGAGGAUCUGGCCGUGAUAGAGCCGAGGGACUUUGUCUAUGGUGGAAUGAGGGUACUGAUAUUUCUAUUCAGUCCUCCUCUCCAAAUCACAUAGCCGGAAUCUGUCAACAGGAAGAUGAUGAUGAGCCAUGGUUUUUUGCGGGUGUGUAUGGUUAUCCGGAAGAGGCGAGGAAGAAGGACACCUGGAAUCUGAUACAGGCGAUAACUACUGAAAGUGGCAACAAUAUGAUUUUGUUUGGAGAUAUCAACGACAUAUUGUGUGACUCUGACAAAAGGGGGGGCAAUAUGCGAUCGGAUUCUCAAAUGAAUUGGGGUAGGAGCAUAAUGGAUAUUUGUGAGUUGCAGGAAGUUAGGUUUGAAGGGUAUCCCUUCACCUGGACUAAUGGAAGAGCUGGCAAUCAGAAUAUCCAGUGUAGGCUGGAUAGAAGUCUGUGUUCGACGAGUUUUUUGCACAACUUUCCCCUCACUAAGGUGCAUCAAUUGGAGAGGUUCGGAUCCGAUCACGCUGCGCUGCGUAUUCUGAUCCAAAAGGAGCCGGAUAAUGAAAGAAGGAGUUAUCUGUUUAGAUUUGAGGAGGCAUGGUCCAAGGAAAGCUCUUGCAGUGAGCUCGUGAAUCAAUUAUGGAAGAGGGAUCCUGGUAAUUUUCAACAGCAAGUGAGGGCUAUGUAG